ACUAUAAAGCACUCCAGCAACAACUCCUGCAGGUGACCGAGGCGAGGAGAGGAGGAGAGGUCCGCCACGCUCACCUGUGUCCUGCCCUCCUGUGACCUUCCCCGGCGACCAUGGUGACCCGCGGCUGAUGUCCUGGACCACGAUGACCUCCAGCAGUGCCUCGACCUGAAAACAACAUGGCUGAGGGCAGUGGUAAUAGGUUCCCAGGGCAGGCCCCAGGUUAUUACAAUCAGGGCUACCCACUGCCCUCCUCUGGCCAGCCUCCUGUGCCAAUGCAAGUGUUCCCUCCUACAACAACAAUGACAGAAAUGUUCAUGUCCCAGUUUGCAAGAGAUAUGCAGUACAACCAGUAUCAGAGCAACCAGUACCCCAGCCAUGGAGCACAGUUUCCAAGCCCCAACAAUGCUCAGUACCAUCGCCACAGAUCCCCAUACCCCGUCUACUACCCCCCCAGCCCUAACAUCCAGAAUAGUAGACAUUAUGAGCCUGGUGCUCAGUACUUUGGGAGCAACCAGUACCCUGGAAACGUACCAUUUCAGGACAGGACUAACAUGCAGAACCAGACAAAAUACGUGAUGCCCACCAGCCCAGUUGCAUCAGUGUCUUUUGAUAACAAUUAUUCAAAGCCUAAUGCCAAUAUCACAUCACCUCAGUACCAGCAGAGUUCAGAACAGUAUGAUGAAAGUAAAGGAGGCCAAAGCCAAAGUAGAUUCAGUGGAAGACCUGGACAGACUGAGGCUACAAAUAUGAACUAUGGUAAAUUUUCAGAAACUGAUUCAACUAUGGCUCAAGGGAACAUCAGUGGAGCAAAAGAUAGCCAGUAUACAGGGAAGAGGGAAAACCCUGAUGUGUCAUGCGAAGCACCAGCACCAGCACCAGCAGCCACCCAAAACAGCCCAGCCUUGAGGAAUACCAGUGUUCCAUCUGGUACUGUAAAUAGGAGUCCUAGUGAAAGUGGAGUGUUUGCCAGCCAGAAUGAUAGUGGAGGGGCUCGCUCUAAAGCUGUUAUGCGAGGACGAGGAGGACGGGGAAGACGUGGGGGCAGGAGAGGAGGCUAUGGCUCUGAAAGGUUAAGCCAGCAGAACUCCGGUGGCUAUGGUUGGUAUGAUAGCCAAGAAAACCAAGCAGAUGAACGGAAACGGGAGAGAGACAAUGCUCUAGCAGAAACAGCAGCCUUCAUGAAGAACCUUAACAUUAAGAGGGAGGAUUCAAGUCCCCAGCAUGACAACACAAGUGAUCGGAGGGGCAGAGGGGGACAUGGGAGAUAUGACAGAGGAGGUGGUGGGGGUGGCAGGUACCAGAGGGAUUAUUACAAUGAUGACAAACAAGGCAAAGAGUGGGUUAACAGGCAAGUGAGAACUGAGGGUGAAAAAAAUUCCUAUGAAAUGCAGAAUAACUAUAGCAAGCUAAAUAAUAAUCAGAGAAAGAUGAGACAGAAUGGUAACUCAACCAACACUGAUGAGUGGAAGCCACAGUCAAACAAAGACACAGCCAGGAGUGGAGAGGGAAAUGAUAAUAAUCAAGAUCUACCUGGUGGGGAAGAUGAAGGGAUGACUUCAUCUGCCAAGUUGGGUGGAAAUGUGAGGUUCAACAGAGGUCGUUCCCGAGGGAGGCAAGAUAGAAGACUUUGGGACACCAGACAUAAUGGUAAUUCUUCACUGAGUAAUGACUCCAACAACAGAAACUUUUCCCAGGGCAGCAGAUCCAAAGAGGAAAACAGCUCUGUGUCCCCCCAUGCCUCGGUAGUGGGAAGCAAGGAAGAUGAGGAGAGCCAGCGAGUCCGUCUCUCAGAGCAACUAACGAAGGGGGCGUACGAGUGCAUGGUGUGUUGUGACGGCAUCAAGCAGCAGCACGCCAUAUGGUCGUGUCUUGCAUGCUACAAUUGCUUCCAUUUAGGGUGCAUCAAGAAAUGGGCCAAGAGUUCCACUGGAGAUGGAGGUUGGAGGUGUCCUGCAUGCCAAGGCUCAACUCCAAAAGUUCCCAAUGCUUAUAUGUGUUUCUGUGGGAAAAUGAGAGAGCCAGAAUGGAAUCGAAGAGACUUACCACAUUCCUGUGGCGAGAUGUGUGGACGGAAACGUAAGAUUGAGUGGUGCAAACACAAGUGUACUCUCCUCUGUCAUCCAGGCCCAUGCCCACCAUGUACAGCAUUUAUCAAAAGGUCAUGUGCUUGUGGAUCACAAGUACAAGAGGUAAAGUGUAGCCUCACGGAGCCAUUCCUGUGUGAUGGAGUGUGUGGCAAAAAUCUCAACUGUAAAGGGCACGCUUGCAAAAAAUCUUGUCAUGAAGAGCCAUGUGGUGAUUGUGAAGAGCAGGUCCAUCAGGAAUGUUUCUGUGGAAAGAAUGUUCAGGAGAUUGCCUGCACGCCAGACACAUUUGGGACCAAAAGCUACAGCUGUGAGAGUAAGUGUGAUCGUGUUCUGAACUGUGGAAAUCACCAUUGUGAAGAAGUCUGCCAUCCUGGAGAAUGCCAGCCAUGUGAACUGGCAGUCAAGACUGUCACUCGUUGUCCUUGUGGAAAGGUGCCGUUGGAGAAGCUGUAUGAGCGAGAUGGAGCCAUUCAGCGAAAGUCAUGUUCAGAUCCUAUCCCAACCUGCAAUCAGCCCUGUCAACGAGUCCUCAAGUGUGGGGUGCCAGGCUCCUACCAUGAAUGCCAGGCUCUGUGUCAUGAAGGCCCUUGUCCACCAUGCCCCCUCGAGACUCCAGUCAAAUGCCGAUGCGGUGCCAUGGACUGUAAUGUCUUGUGUUCUGAACUGACAACAAAAGCAGAUGAAGCCACUUGUAAAAAGCCUUGUAGAAAGCUGCGUCACUGUGGUCGCCACAAGUGCAAUACCAGAUGCUGCAUAGACUUGGACCACAUGUGUUCUCUAGUGUGUGGGAAACUGCUGAGCUGCGGACUCCACCGAUGUGAGGAGCCUUGUCACCGGGGUAACUGUCCAAGGUGCUGGCAGACCAGUUUUGAGGAGCUGACUUGCCACUGUGGCGCUGCUGUGAUUUACCCGCCUGUGCCUUGUGGGACCAAACCUCCUGCCUGUGACAAUCCUUGCAACCGACCCCAGGAAUGCCCCCACUCUGCCUCUCAUCUGUGCCAUCCUGAUGAGCCUUGCCCACCUUGCACCAUGUUGGUUGACAAGCCCUGCUUUGGAAACCACAAGAUGAUGCGGCGGACUCUUUGUUACCUGACUGCAGUAUCAUGUGGUGGAAUUUGUGGGUUUCCUCUCCCAUGUGGCCUUCACAAGUGUCAGAGAGUUUGUCAUGAGCAGCCUUGUGUACCUGAGGGAGUGCUGUGCACUCAAAAAUGUAUGAGGCCCCGAGAGUCUUGUGGACACCCCUGUGCUACACCAUGCCACAGUGGGCCAUGUCCUGACUCAGCCUGCAAGGAAAUGGUUGAGAUUUCAUGUGAGUGUGGGUUCAGAAAAGCAACCUUGCAAUGUUCUGAAAAUGACCGUGAGUACCGAGCAGUGGCCACCUCUAUGCUGGCCUCCCAGAUGCAGAACAUGAACAAUGGCUGCACUGUAGACCUCUCCGAGAUAUUCACUGCAACAGCAAGGCCAGAUAAGUUGAAGAGACUGCCAUGCAAUGAAGAAUGCCAGACAGAUCAGAGGAACCGUCGAUUGGCCUUAGCUCUGCAGAUUGAAAAUCCAGAGGCACGGGAGAAGCUGGGCAGUUCCUCCUCCCUCUAUUCUGAGUUCAUGAAGGAGGAAGCACGCAAAGACCCGAACUUAGCACAGAUGAUCCAUAACGCGCUGGAGGCUCUGGUGCUGCGAGCCCGUGAGUCCAAGCAGAAGAACUGCAUCCAUUCCUUCCCAUCCAUGAAUCGAGAGAAGCGCCAGUUCGUUCAUGAAUACUGUGAACAUUUUGGGUGUCAAAGUGAGGCCUAUGAUGAAGAGCCUAACAAGAAUGUGGUCGCCACUGCUGUAAAGGGAAUGUGUUACCUGCCGCCCAUCAGUGUGCUGGUACUGGUGCAGCGGGAACAGGGCAAACGUAAGGUCCCAGCCCCAGUGUGGUCCCUAAAGUCUUCUGCCAGUGGAAAUGGCCAAGGAAUGCAAAAACUAGAAAAAUCUGUUGCUGUGAAGAAAGAGGCUGAGUCUCCUGCCCCAAAGCCAGCACCCAUAGAUUAUUUUGAUUUUGAGAACUAGUAUUUGACUGAGUACCAGGCAUUGCAUAUAAAUUAAAUGAGAUAUACCAAACUAGAUAUAUGUUUUGGUAAUAUUGAAUAUGACUCAGUUCUGUGGAAAUGUUUCACAACCAUGACUCAGUUCUAUGGAAAUAUUUCCCAGUCAAAUAUUACAGAAUUGUAGCCGUAUCACCUCUCCUCUCCCCUUGACUUUUACAAGAAGCUCCCUUACCACAAUCAAUCAAACCUCUCUUGUACACCUUCCCCCAAGUAUGUUGGAUUGUUACUUGAGUUCUUGCUUCCAUUUAGGAAUCACAUGAUUAUUGUGCAUAUGUUAAAACUCUGAUCCUAGCUUAACACUUCCUCUUACCUUAUCAGCCUAUUUUGUUAUUUUUUCUUGCACUGACAUACAAGAAAAAGUUAUCUAAGGAAGCUAUGGACAUUGUAAAUGGGAUAGGGGAUUUGACAAAAGCAGAGGACAAAUCCAUUGUCAAAUACUGGCGAAAGUAGGUGAUAAAGCAGCAUCUUAAGUUGAUGGUUUUGAUCAGCACAUUUCUUGCAGAAUACAUCAUGCUUAUGAUAAGCCAAAUAUACUUCUGAAGUUCAACACAUCAUACGUGGCUUUCCCUGCACUGUGCUGGUUUAGGGCAUAAAAAUAUUGUGAUGAAUUUGUACUUUUGAUUGCACUUGUAAUUAUCUGGAGGACUGGCAGCUACUCUGAAGUUGUUUGAAAUCUGAUGACACUAGUACCAUGAGAUAAAUUGUAAGGAUACAACACUCCUCCAAGCCAUCAGCCAUUAUAUUAAGAGAGUGUAGGGGAAAAUCAUUAUAGUCCUUUAGCAUUUUCCCUAAUUAAUAACUUUUACAGUAAUGUUCUAUGAUUUGGUUCUCUUUACCUGAAAUUGAGUUUGCCUUGAUAUAUUGAGAACUUAAAUAUGUUGAUUAGAGACUGAAACUUUCAGUGAAGUAGUUUGGCACUGCAGGCAAUGUGUUGGUAGGAAGAAAGUUACUUUAAAGUAAACCCAUUUUUGCAUAUGUAAAGUUGAAAAAUAUUGUUUUUCAAAUUCAUAAGAACCAUGUAUGUGAUAUGCUCAGUAUCCCAGCCUGGUAAUCAGCUCCAGCCUGUUAGUGGCACGGGCAAAUUUUAUUUUAUAUACAUGUAUGUAUAAUAUACAUCUUUAGUGUAAAUGACUUGGUGGCUCCUGGUACAGUGCUCAGGCACCUGUAAACUGUAAUGAGUAUAAGAACACUUACAAUUAAUUUGUAUAGUUAGCAUUCUUAUUUAACCUGAGGCAGAGUUUAAAAUUUCUUUCUCCACCACAUUGUCAAUGCACUAUAUCCAGAUGGCUCAACAAUUCACUAGUAAGCUACUUGCAGCCCAGGAAACAUGCAAGUGGAAUGAUAUUCUUUAGUAAAUAAAAAGGAAAAAAAAUAUGUUGUCCACAACUGCAGUUGCCUGUUAGCACCCUGCAGGUAGCUGUGGACUGAUAGUGAUCAAAACAAUGUGAACAUAUUACUGUUGACAUUGGAGAUUUCAAAUUAAUACAUUCUUCCCAUGUACAUGGUGAUAACUAAGUGUAUCAUGCUGGUGUAAACUUAUUUUGCUGCGUUUUGCUUCAUCUCGUUAUACUUGCUGCUGUUUACAUGAUCAUUUGCCUUCCUUCAGUUGCCAUCAUAUUUUGUAUUGAAUACUUCAUAGGUUCAGUGAUGGUGUCAAAAGUUUACUUCUGCUUUAUUGUUGGGCCAGUGCCUUUGGCUCAAACCUCUAGGUGGGCCGUCCAUCCUUAACAAUUCAGUGUUUCCUUUAUUCAACGGAAUGAUCAAUUUCCUUGAAAACUGCAAAUAGUAAAAUUUAUAUUUGAAUAUUAAAAAAAAGAGGCUCCAUAAUUUCAGUCAUUUGUGAAAAAAUAUAGAUAUGUUUUACUGGUAACUGCUGCAAAAUACUGCCAUGGUGUUAAAUAGAGCUGGGGUGUCUGUAUCCUAUAAGCAGUGUAUGGAGAAGGAUAGUUAAAAUUAUAUACGUCAACAUUAAACGAUGUAUAUAGUAGGUAGUGGCAUGAUUGUUACUACCUUAUUCAUGUAAUUUUAUUGUAAUGUCACAUGUUAGAGCAUGACGUGAUACUAGUUAUGACUUAAAGACUGUAAUUACUUGUCAAGUUGACUGCAUAGAGUUCUUCCUUCUUGUGUGUCAUGAUACCUAAUGUUCCAAAGUAUAUUGAGACCAGAGCCAUUAUUUGAGACAUGGCAAGAAUAUUUUUAACUUGAGAAUAGGGAUUUAAACACAAGAACCUCUAUCUUGAGCCAUGCCUUGAGAAACAUAUCCCACAGUUGGCUUCAAAUAUAAUCUCAGAAGAAUUCUAGUAUAAAUGUAUAUGUAUAUUCUGCCUUCAAAAGUAUGCAGAAAUGGACAAUACUUGCCUGAAAUGACAGAGUGUUCAUCUUGUUGCAACGGGGCUGUAGCAUUUUAUAUUUUAAUUUUGUAUGCAAAAAGUUUGUUCGAGAGUAGUACCUGUAAAAAAAAAUUGCCAGAUCCUUGUUUCCAGUAUAUAUGUAUUUUUUUACAGUGGAAAAUGUUUACUUAAUUCCUUUGAAAAAAUAAUUUGGAAAGAACUUCUUAACAAGUACUUUGGUUCAUAGAAAACAUCAUAUACUUUUGCACUCUGCGGCAACUGUGAUAAAAUGCCACAAAAUGAUUUUAAAUAUUUUGAGUUGAUUUUAAUAUGCAGAACAACCUUUGACAAUUUAGUCAGUAUUUUCAUCUAAGGAGUAUUUAGAUAUGUAAUGCUGAAUACAUGUGGACUCAGCCCAUUGCAGGUGUGGAACAUGUACAUCUAAUAAUGUCACAUAAGUAGACCCUAACUUUCACUGUACUAUUCUAUAUUUAUAUACACAUUAUGUUACAAACAGUAAAUAUAUUGCAAUUUUGUUAUUAUAUUAGCUUGGGAAUA